GCUGUUAAUUUUGGGUUAGGAAACGAGACACCGAAGACGAUGAAAGCCUGGAAGACCUGCCAUGCCCGUGCAGUUAACUAGUCUCCUUUCCUCGAAAAUGGGCUGGGCUCGGUUGGGCCUCGCAUCAAUUUUAGUCUGUACACCAAGCCCACAAUAUUACAAAAAGAGAGUCAGUCAAAGUCAUCGUCUACCUAGUUAAAGAAGGUGUUGCUGGUGCCUUCCUGCCUUGAAAGGCUAAAAACAAAUUUAACAAGAAGUCUCCUUUCCGCACUCUGAUUUCUCCUCCUCUCAAUCAAACGAAACUCCUCUGAUUUUUGAAUAAAAUUCAAAAAAAUUCAACAGCAGCAGAGCAAAAAUGUCCCAAUUCGUGUCUAGCUUCUUCAAAGAAACCACAAAACCCUUAACAUCAGGUCGACGUCCAUGGUCCGUUUUCCUAGACCUCACCUUACUGAACCUCCCCUUUUCAAUCCACGACACCACCACAAGGAUAACCCAAAACGUCCUUCAUUUCUCGGUUAAUUACUCCAUAAUCCUCUUGAUAAUCCUCUCUGUAUCCCUCUUAAACCAUCCUCUGGUGCUAAUCGCCUUGCUCAUUACUCUAAUUGCUUGGCUCUCUCUCUAUUUCUCUCGCGAGGAGCCGCUUUGGUUUUUGGGCUAUCAAGUGAGUGACUGGAUGGUGUUGGUUGUGCUCUUUGUGGUUGACUUUUUGGUUGUGAUUUGGGGUGGGGUUUUUCAGAAUGUUGUCGUUGGUGGUGGGAUCGCUGUCGUUUUGAUGCUUCUGCAUGCUGCGUUGAGGAGUACGGAUGAUCUUGUUGCUGAUGAUAUUGAAACGUCGCCGUAUGCCAACUUGCUCUCCGAUGAUGAUGGUGACUAUAAUGCUCCUCCAACUGGUGGCUUGUAGUUUUGCCUAAUUGGAUUGAAAAGAAAAGAAAAGGGAAUUGUUUGUUUUUAGCUUAAUUAAUGUCUUCUUGACUGUAAUUAUGGCAUUGCAUGCUUCUCUGUUAUGGUGAUUUGAUGAUUUAAUUGUUGCUUAGAAUGAGUUACAUACCCAGUUAUCAACUUAUUAUGCUUGUUUUGGUCUGUGUCUAAAUUACAGUGCUUGGGGAUACUGGGACGAACACCUUUAACCAAAAAUUGUACUUCACAUUUACAUUUAGUUUAUCACUCGCAAUUUUUUACCCA